AUGAUACAGAGAACCGAUCUCCGUCAACCCCAGUCCAGCGCUGCCGCCGCUUCUUCGUCUGCGAGGCAGGAUGGCCCCGAAAUCUGGGGCCAGUGGUCAGGCAGGAGACAUUACUCCCUUGAGGUUGUCCAGCAUCCCCUGCGCGCCCGAAUGUGCGGGUUCGGUGACAAAGAUCGGAGGCCUUUAGCCCCUGCAGCAGUCGCCAAGAUGAUAGUUCGGAGAGAGGACGACUCAAUCGUCGACGUCGAUGAAGUUGACAGUUCGUUCUUCUUGGUAACCGUUGACUUAUGGUCAGCGGAUGGAAAACACGAAAUGAAUCUCGUUCUUCAUCCAUCUGCUACAGACCGUUAUGUACCCUCUCACUUGUCGUCCAAGAGUAAACGACGAGGUACGAAUGAUUCUGCUCCUGCAUCCCGACUAUCUGGAAAUCAAACUCCAGGAGGGCGCACAACCCCCACCCCUUCUCAGUAUCGCCCUGGGGACCAGGUUAGACUGAAACAUGACUGCGCCCACACUUCAUAUGUAGGCCAACCAUAUUAUGGGCCUCAGCCACCAAGUGAUGGUGUCAACUACUCUCAGGGAGCGCAGUAUGCCCAACAGCAACAGCCAGAUACCUCCAGCUGGAGCUAUACCUCCCAGGUGGAUCGCAGCGCAAGCUUCCCUCCUCCAGUACUUCCUUCGAUUCAUUCCUUCGGUCGGUCCAACAGCACCGCGUCGACAGACACAUGGCACUCCGAGUCUGAACCCACGAUUCUCCCAUACCGACCAUGGAAUCCAGACGCAAGCUACACUGCCCCAGAACACCACGUCGACCCAGCUCUUCGAACGCCAUCGUCAACCACAGAAACGCGCGAUCAAACGGGGUGGUCCCAGUCAAAUACAUAUAAUUCCUCUUCUUCGAAUCCCGAGACGGAACAAAGCGUAUAUGGUCACGCCCCUUACCACCAAGGCCAGCAUACUCCCUAUGCCCAAUAUCCUCAACCAGCACCGGGUUCUCCAGUUCCUUCACAUGCCGCAGCCGUCAACUCAUCAACCCCUCGACAACCCUACUAUACCCGUACCUUAGUUGGACCUCUGUCGGCAAAUGCAUGUCGUUUGCUUGAUGAACACCGGAAGCCUGGGAUUUUCUUCCUCUUCCAAGAUCUUUCAGUCCGUACGGAAGGCUCAUUUCGUCUGAGAAUGCGUCUCAUGAACGUUGGAGCUCCCCCCGCGCCGGAGAUAGGGGCUCAACGUGUUCACAACGACGUUUCUCCUGUGCUUGCACAAACAUUUACUGAGCAAUUCACCGUCUUUUCAGCGAAGAGAUUUCCUGGUGUGCCAGAUACUACUGCACUCUCCAUCGCGUUCGGCAACCAAGGCCAGAAACUACCUUUGCGAAAUCGGCACGGGUCCAACAAACGUCGGCGACGAGGUGAUUCGGAAUCAGAUGAUGAUUCUGAUGGGGCGUAG